AUGAAAACUUCGAGAGAAGCAAGAACGAAACCAAACAUUUUGGUGACCGGCGUCCCUGGAACGGGUAAAUCCACUUUGGCCCCGAAGAUCGCCGAGAAAUGUAGCCUAAAGUUUAUGGAUAUCAACAAGAUGAUUUUGGAUUACAAGUUGCACUCCGGCUAUGAUAAUGAAUACAAGAGUUUCAUUCUAGAUGAGGACAAGUUGUUGGAUCACUUGGAAGUGAGUUUUUUGUACGUGAUAUGUAUCAGAUGUUAGUAUCGGUACUUAGAGGAACGGUUUUUUAGGAAUAUUUCGAUGAUUUGAACUCCGAUGGUGGUUUGGUUAUUGACUACCAUGCUUGUGAUUUCUUCCCAGAACGGUGGUUUGAUUAUGUGAUUGUACUUCGAUGUGACAAUACCCAAUUAUAUGAUCGUUUGAAGACGAGAAAUUACUCGGAAAAGAAAUUGAGGGAUAAUAUAGAAUGUGAAAUUUUCGGAACGAUCGCCGAGGAGGCCGAGGACGCCUACAAAGAAGGCAUCGUCCAUCAACUCCAAAACAGUCUGCCCGGGGAUUUGGAGAAAAAUCUGGAGAUGGUGGCCGAGUUGGUGACCAAGUUCAAGCCAUGA